UACUUUUGCUUUCAGCUGCUGCUUCAUCGAACUGAUUCUCUCCUGUUCUUCCUUUACCUGCAACCCGGGGAGUUCAAGUUCAAAUUUGAAAGAUCAUAAAAGAUGGCUGAUGCCGAGGACAUUCAACCUCUUGUUGUUGACAAUGGAACUGGAAUGGUCAAGGCUGGUUUUGCUGGUGAUGAUGCGCCAAGGGCUGUGUUCCCUAGCAUUGUUGGGCGACCUCGCCACACAGGUGUUAUGGUUGGGAUGGGCCAGAAGGAUGCUUAUGUGGGUGAUGAGGCACAGUCAAAAAGAGGCAUCCUUACCUUGAAGUACCCCAUAGAGCAUGGAAUAGUAAGCAAUUGGGAUGAUAUGGAGAAGAUUUGGCAUCACACUUUCUACAAUGAACUUCGUGUUGCCCCUGAGGAACACCCUGUACUUCUCACCGAGGCACCACUUAAUCCCAAGGCCAACAGAGAGAAGAUGACCCAAAUCAUGUUUGAAACUUUCAAUGUGCCUGCUAUGUAUGUUGCCAUCCAGGCUGUUCUAUCUCUCUAUGCUAGUGGUCGUACAACAGGUAUUGUGCUCGAUUCUGGUGAUGGUGUGAGCCAUACAGUGCCUAUUUAUGAAGGGUAUGCUCUGCCUCAUGCAAUCCUACGUCUGGACCUUGCUGGACGUGACUUGACAGAUUACUUGAUGAAAAUUCUUACUGAGAGAGGAUACACUUUCACUACCUCUGCUGAACGGGAAAUUGUACGUGAUAUGAAGGAGAAACUAGCAUAUGUUGCCCUUGAUUAUGAGCAAGAGUUGGAAACUGCUAAGACUAGUUCAGCUGUAGAGAAGAGCUAUGAGUUGCCUGAUGGGCAGGUUAUCACAAUCGGUGCUGAGAGGUUCAGAUGCCCAGAAGUACUUUACCAGCCAUCUUUCAUUGGUAUGGAAGCUGCUGGAAUUCACGAAACAACCUACAACUCUAUCAUGAAAUGUGACGUUGAUAUUAGGAAGGAUCUGUAUGGAAAUAUUGUGCUCAGUGGUGGUUCAACUAUGUUCCCUGGCAUUGCUGAUCGUAUGAGCAAGGAAAUCACCGCCCUUGCUCCAAGCAGCAUGAAGAUCAAGGUGGUUGCUCCUCCUGAAAGAAAGUACAGUGUCUGGAUUGGUGGCUCUAUUUUGGCAUCACUUAGCACCUUCCAACAGAUGUGGAUUUCCAAGGGUGAAUAUGAUGAAUCUGGUCCUGCAAUUGUUCACCGCAAGUGCUUCUGAGCUGGUUUAAAGAGAAGUAGAGGGUAAAUUCAAGUUCUUCAUGCAUCCGGUCUUGUGUGAUGUGCCAGUCAACUAUGGUUCAAAUCUUGAAGCUUCGGAUUUUAGAAGAAGGGGUAUUUCUAGUGUACUAAAUGAUUUGGCUUGUAAUUUAUGUGUUUUCAUUAGGUCCUUGAAAGCUGCUCUAGUUUAUGAAAUUGGCGGACUUGGUAGGUUUUGUUUGGUUUAUUUUAUUCACUUUUCGUGCUUUGGCCAUAAAAUCUAGAUGCCUUUGAGUUAGGAGAACGAGAGAUUCUAUGAUUUUUUUCCCCCUCUUUCAGGCUGGGAUUUUUGAGUCGGUUCUGUCUAUAUUUGUUGUAUGCUUGAAUGGAUUCUGAGUUUGCAGGGAAUUUUCCCCUUUUUCCUUCAACGUGGCAAUCCUUCUUUUCUUCA